UUAGAUCAGUUUCAUAAACCCCAUCUCCUGAAGAAAUGGAUCAAACACGAAGCUUUUAAGCCUGGGAAUUUAUCGCCUGCUGUGAUGUCUCAGUCACUGGUUCGAGCAAUCUCAGCUCGGAAGAAUCAAUUGGGUAUUGCGUUCUACUAUAGAUGUAAUCAAUUUCACUCCCAAUGGCAGAUCAUUGCUCCCAAUCGAUCAUCUUUAGGAAGUAUGUUAACCAAUUUUAGACGGGUUUCUGGUAACUUGAUCCCGGAGUUGAAUCACACUCGACCCACGAGUGGAUUCUGCUCGGUUUCUGUCAACGGAGUGUUGGACUCGAAUCUCGCUUCUGAUGGAGAAACCAUAGUCAUCGAGGAUGUUUCUAGUGAGAGCAUUUCAAAUGUUGGACCUUUGGAUAAGAAGCCAUGUGUUGUUUACAAGAAACCAAUUGACUUCACCAAAAUUGAUGCGAAGCUACUACCCACCGUGAUGAUCAUUGGCCGGCCAAAUGUUGGAAAGUCUGCAUUGUAUAACCGAUUGAUUCGGAGGAGAGAGGCUUUGGUUUACAACACUCCAGAUGAUCAUGUAACAAGGGAUAUAAGAGAAGGGAUUGCUAAAUUAGGUGACUUGAGGUUCAAUGUUUUGGACUCUGCUGGUAUAGAGACUGAAGUUUCUUCGGGUACUAUUCUUGGUAGAACCACAACAAUGACUGCUAAUGUGCUUGCAAGGACUCAGUUUGCGAUUCUUAUCAUCGACGUCAGGGCGGGGUUGCAUCCAUUGGAUUUAGAAGUUGGUAAAUGGCUGAGAAAGCAUGCUCCACAGAUUAAGCCUAUAGUAGUAAUGAAUAAAUCGGAGUCACUUGGUGAAUCUCUUGCUGAAGUUUCUUCAGAAGCCCUUGCGCUUGGGUUUGGUGAGCCUACUGCGAUAUCAGCUGAGACAGGACUUGGUAUGAAUGCACUCUAUGAAGUUCUCCAUCCUCUACUCGAGGAUUACAUGGUCGAAUCGUUAAACGAUAGAUGCAGUCAAGAUGAUGUUCCAAGUGAUGAGAAUCUCUCUGACGGAACCGACGAGUCCAAGUUGCCGUUGCAGUUAGCUAUUGUAGGUAGGCCAAAUGUUGGGAAAUCAACAUUGCUCAAUGCAUUAUUGGAAGAAGAGCGUGUGUUGGUGGGUCCAGAAGCUGGUCUCACUAGAGAUGCUGUGAGAGUUCAGUUCCAGUUUCAGGGUAGGACUGUUUAUCUGGUUGAUACUGCUGGGUGGUUGGAGAGAACAGAACGAGACAAAGGACCAGCAUCUUUAAGUAUCAUGCAAUCAAGAAAGAGUCUGAUGCGAGCACAUGUUAUUGCUUUAGUUCUCGAUGCUGAAGAGAUCAUAAAAGGUCAACGCAGUAUGACACAUUCAGAAGUAGUUAUCGCUAGACGCGCUGUAGAAGAAGGACGUGGUCUGGUCGUGAUCGUUAACAAAAUGGAUUGUUUAAGAGGGAAACAAAACGCUGAGAUGUACAAGAAAAUCAAAGAAGCUGUCCCGAUUGAAGUUCAGACAGUUAUUCCUCAGAUAACGGGAAUACCGGUUGUGUUUAUCUCCGCAUUAGAGGGAAGAGGACGUUUACAAGUAAUGAACCAAGUCAUUGACACGUACAAGAGAUGGUGUUCAAGACUUUCCACAGGGCGUCUCAAUCGCUGGUUGCGCAAGGUUAUGAGCCGGCACUCUUGGAAAGACUCGGCUUCGCAGUCAAAGAUCAAGUUUUUCACUCAGGUGAAAGCUCGACCUCCAACUUUCGUGGCAUUUGUCAGCGGCAGAACGCAGUUACUGGAUAGCGACAUAAGGUUCUUGACUAAAUCGUUGAAAGACGACUUUGAUUUAGGCGGGACUCCUAUUAGAAUCAUACAGCGAGUUGUUCCUCGGACACCAUCCUCUGGUUCAAGCGGUGGAACCGAAAAAAGCUCUGGUGGUCGAGUAGUGAAAAGAAGCAGCUCAGAUAAACGGAAAGUUUCGGUCUAAGAACGCAUUACAACUUGAAGAAGACAAUUCCUACAUUAACUUAAGUUUUGUUUUUCAUUUUGGUGUUGUGUAGUUCUGAUGUUACCCUGUUUCGUUCGAUUCUUACUUAUAUGUCUUAUUCCUCAAACCACAUUCGUUUAAUAUUAGAAUUUGUUGUCCUGCAAA